UUGCAGCCGAGUGUGAAGCGGCUGGGAUGAGAAUCAGCACCUCCAAAUCUGAGGCCAUGGUUCUCAGCCGGAAAACGGUGGAUUGUCCUCUCUGGGUCAGGGACGUGUUCUUGCCUCAAGUGGAGGAGUUUAAGUAUCUCGGGGUCUUGUUCUCGAGUGAUGGUAAGAUGGAACGGGAGAUUGACGGGCGGAUCGGUGCAGGGUCAGCAGUGAUGCGGACUCUCUACCGGUCUGUGGUGGUGAAGAAAGAGCUGAGUCAUAAGGCAAAGCUCUCGAUUUACCGGUCGGUCUAUGUUCCUACCCUCACCUAUGGUCAUGAGAUUUGGGUAAUGACCGAAAGAACGAGAUCGCGAGUACAAGCGGCCGAAAUGGGUUUUCUCCGCAGGGUGUCUGGGCUCUCCCUUAGAGAUAGGGUGAGAAGCUCGGUCAUCCGGGAGGGACUCGGAGUCGAGCCGCUACUCCUGCGCGUGGAAAGGAGCCAGUUGAGGUGGUUCGGACACCUGGUAAGGAUGCCUCCUGAGCGCCUCCCUAGGAAGGUGUUUCAGGCAAGUCCAGCUGGGAGGAGACCACGGGGAAGACCCAGGACACGCUGGAAAGAUUAUAUCUCCCAGCUGGCCUGGGAACGCCUCGGAAUCCCCCCAGUUGAGCUGGAAGAGGUGGCUGGGGAGAGAGAGGUCUGGGUUUCUCUACUUAGGUUGCUGCCCCCGCGACCCGAACCCCGGAUAAGCGGAAGAUAA